AAAAUUGAAAAUUUUAAAGAGAGAGACAAUUUAACAACAACAACAAUCGUACGUCUCGAUGUGAUGCUAUUUUUAAUAUCAAUCAUUUAUUUUUAAAAUAAAAAGAAAAAAAAGCAGAUAAAAACCGAAAUUAACUGAGGAAAAACAAAAACAUUAACAAUUUAGACCACAGCUGUUCAGUGAAAAUUGUGUAAAAUUUAGGCGCAACUCGUGAAUUCAAAACUGAUGCCAAUUAAUUUUGCGCUGCAGACAAAUGGGUCGCAAAAUUCCGGUGCGUCAAUUGCAGGAAUUGGCAUUGCAGGAGCUUGCCCAUAACAUUGUCGCGACAGUGGGCAAUGAGGUACGUGCCAACAAUGGCAUUGAACUUGAAGUCGACAUGGCGCUGCUUAUCAUCGACGUCAACUGCUAUCUCGAAAAAGUCGGAGCAACUUCAAUAAUUUAUCAAGAUUUAUUAAAAGUUAUUCUCCGAAGUGACACUCUUGAAGCUUCCAUUCGUUUCAGCUGUUUACAAAUGUUACUCAACGAAUGCAUCCAAAAUUUGGCUGUUGAAACUUUUCCUCAGUCUUAUUACGAGAAAAUCCUUCAAGUAAUCGCCGCACAAGGAAGAGGCUUGAAAUCUCUUGAUUUAUCGGGAGUUUGGGUAAAAAUCGAACACAUGCAUUAUUUGCAUGAAAUUCUAAAAAAUCUCCCGAAUCUCGUAAGUCUCAUAGUUCCGUAUAUCGCAACGGAUGACUUGCUUUGCUGGAUCGCCAAAUACAACCCGAAACUCAGAAUUCUCAAUAUUUCGGGAGAAACUGACAUUACCGAGUCUGGCGUCGAAGCUCUUGCAUUUUCGUUGGCGAAAGAUUGCUUAACUGUCGUCGAUAUCGGCAGCUUGGGCGAAGAAAAUAUCGCGAAUGAAGACAUUUCGAUGCUUUUAAUGAACUUACCCAACCUUACGACGCUCAAAAGUUACUCCUUUGUGGGACGAUCGCUUCGGUACAUUCGCGAGAAUGAAAAUCCGCAGUUUACGUGCAACUUGAGGCACGUUCAUGACACCCAAACAUCCGCCGUGACGAUGGAAGCCAUUAAAAAUUCUUGCCCAAAAUUGGAAGAUUUGUAUUUAGACACGCCCGAUCGCGGAAUUUUGUCAAAAAUGAACGAAAUGAAGUUGUUCAAGUUGAAACUUUAUCGAUUUGAUUGUGCUGAACUUUAUCCGGUGCUGGAGAAAAUUGGCACAAAUUUGGUUCAUGUGACACUAAUUAAGGGACGUGGUACGAUGGAAAUUGGGAAAAUUAUUUCGUCGUGUCAGGCGUUGAUAGAUUUGGAUUUUUACAUGAUGGAUUUGCUGAGUUACAGUUCGGAAAAGUGCUUUAAUAGGCUUCAGGGUUUGGAGAUUUUGAGUAGUCCGUUGCAGUUGUGGGCUUUGAAACAUUUCAUUUGUAAUACGCCGACGUUGAAGAGGCUGGCGAUUGAUUCCGUGCAGUUUACGGAUGAGGAUAUGACGCGCAUUUUUCUCGAGCACGAUUUCAACCAUCUCGAGGAUAUUUGGUUCACCGAGGCGCAAAAUUUGACGUUGGCAACGUGCGAGAUUUUGAUUGAACGGUGUCCGCAAUUGCAAAGUAUUGGGCAGUUGACUGGUUGGCGUUUAACUCCGGAUGAUGUGAUAUUACUGAAAGGUAUACUUAAGAGUAGUAAUUCGAGCAUUGCGAUGUUGCCAGCGAAUAUUUUGCUAUAAAUAAUUUUUUUUAAUAUUUUUUUAAGUCAAUUUUGGUACUAAUAUUAUUAUCGCUAGAAAUGUAUUUAAUUGUUCUUUUUUUAUGGAAAAAUAAAUUGGAAGCUUAUUGUUGAAUUUCAAGAUUUUUUUUAUUUUUUUUUAG